ACAAUUAUUCUAUUCUAAGUACCGACCAUCCUGUUGCUUUCAAUUCCAUAUCUUCAACCAAAUGUAAUGUCGUUGACAUGCCAAACAUAUCUUCAAAUCAAAGCUCAGUGUCUAAUCCUGAACUUUAACCAUCUCAAUCUCAUCUAUAAAUCCGUUUAAUUCAAUCAAAAGGGGUUCCUCUUCUGAGUCUGCCCCUCAAAAAUUUCAAUGGCAGACUAUGUCUUCUCCUUUUUUCUAUCUUUACUCCUUAUUUCUUCAACUAACCAUGUUAAAUCCAAUGAAGAAGGCUACAUCUCAGUGGACAUAUCAAAUAAGGGUCUUGAUUUUGCGAAGGAUUUUCUAGUACAAAUGGCUGAGUCUUCACUAGUUCCCCUUGACCUGCCUAAAAUUGAGAAAUCAAAGCAUAUUCCUUUUAUUGGUACAGUUCAUAUGGGUCUUUCUAAUAUAACUAUCGAUAAAAUCCAUGUAAUUUCGUCCACUGUUAAAGCUGGUGAUACAGGUAUAGUUAUUAGUGUUUCUGGUGCCACUGCCAAUAUGACCAUGAAUUGGGAAUAUUCUUAUACCAACUGGUGGCUUCCUAUUCCUAUUACAGAUAAUGGGGAAGCUUCCAUUCAGGUUGACGGUAUGGACGUCGGAAUUUCUUUCAAUCUGACGAAUAACCAAGGAUCGCUUAUGCUUUCUCCCCUGGACUGUGGAUGUUCAGUGAAAGAUAUAUCUAUAAAGUUGGAUGGUGGAGCAUCCUGGCUAUAUCAAGGGUUGCUGGACGCUUUUGAAGUUAGAUUAACUUCUGCUGUAGAAAAUGCUAUUUCAAAGAAAUUGAGAGAAGGGAUUGUGAAGCUUGAUUCUUUGUUGCAGUCCCUACCAAAGGAAAUUCCAAUAAGAAAUAUUGCUGCUUUAAAUGUCACCUUUGUUGGCAACCCACAAUUGCGAGACACUUCUCUUACUCUUUCAAUUAAUGGGUUAAUUAGUGCCAAGGAUGCCUAUGCGGCAUUUCCUUACCAUCAUCUGGAACACUUAUUAGCGUCUCUAGAAUACUUAUUAGCGUCAGUUCCUGUGAAGGAUCCAGCAAGCAUGGUUACCAUUUCCUUGCAUGAAAAAGUUUUAGUGUCCGCAUCAUCUGUUUACUAUGAUGCCAACAAAAUGCAUUGGAUUGUUGACAAAGUACCUGAACAAUCCUUGUUAAACACUGCUGGAUGGAGGUUCAUUAUCCCGCAACUUUACAGGCAAUAUCCAGACGCUGACAUGAAUCUGAAUGUUACCAUAUUUUCUCCACCCAGUCUGAAAAUUAAAGAACACCAGAUUGAUGUGACGGUUCAUGCAGAUGUCGUGAUUAAUGUUUUGAAUUCAGGUGAAGUGACACCGGUUGCAUGCUUUUCAACGGCAGUCAGUGGUUCAGCUUCUCCAUGGAUUACCAACAAUAAUCUUGGUGGAAAUAUUCAAUUAGAUGAAUUCUCUUUAUCUUUAAGAUGGAGUAAAAUUGGCAAUUUGCACGUGAAUCUAGUCCGGGUGCUGAUGUCAACUGCAAUGCGGACUGUGAUACUGCCAUACAUAAAUUUAAAACUUAGUAGAGGAUAUCCACUACCCAUAUUUCAUGGCUACACGCUUCAAAAUGCUAAAAUCCUGUGUAGUGAUUCAUGGAUUAAGAUUUGCAGUGAUGUUGGACCAGUCAAACAAUUAAGUAUAAGUUAGUUCCUACUUCCCACUGUAUCAGACCUUGUAUUGAAAUGUAGUUGCACAUUGAUAGACCAAAUGUAAAACUAGCUAGGUGUAGGAUGUGCUUUCUUUUGUUUCUUGUUUGUAAUUGCUAUAUAUAUAUAUACAUGCAUGUUGCACAUAUAGCUAUUGUAAAUCCUUCUCUCCUCUUUUCUAUAUAAACUAGGCGAUGAUGGCCUGUGCCAGCACAGGCCCAACAUGAUUUUGGUUGUAGUUA